AUGGCAGGUCCCCUGCUCCAGCCCCUGCUGCUCCUACUGCUGUCCUUCACCCUGGGAUCUGCUGGACAAGAAGCCCACGGAAAUGGGGAGAGGAUCAUUAAUGGAGUUCCAUGUCCAAGAGGCGCCCAACCCUGGCAGGUGGCCCUGUUUACGGACCGUGGGAUCCAGUGUGCAGGGGUGCUAGUCGACAAGGACUGGGUGCUCAGCGUCGCCCACUGUCGCAAGAGUGAGUAUAUCGUGCAAAUGGGCAGUGAUCUUCUGGUUGAUGGAAAUGCCCAGAGGAUCAGGGCCACACAGUCCUUCGUCCACCCCCGGUAUAUUGACGCGGCCAGACAGGUCCAUGACAUCAUGCUGGUGAAGCUGCGCAGCCCGGCCACGCUCUCGCCCACCGUGAGGACAGCCGGAGUGCCCUCCAGGUGCAAACAGCCUGGGACCAGUUGUACCGUCUCUGGCUGGGGCAGCACCACCGUGGAUGUAGUGAGGAACACAUCGCAGCUCAUGUGCUCCCGCGUCCGCAUCCUCUCCUACAAGGACUGCAGGAAGGUUUUCCCGACCAUGUUGAGGAGAUUCAUGCUCUGCGCUGCUCCUCCCGACAGACAGUCCUCCCCCUGCAAAUAUGUCCAGUUUGGAGAAGUGUCUAUUUAG